AUGGAGAAGCAAUCCCAUCUUCAUGAAGAUAAUUUUCAUUAUUCACAAAGAUUAUUUGAAGGUCCAAUAUCUCAAACAAACAUACCAUUAGAAUCAAAUUUCAAGUUUGAUUAUGUACAUAAAAACAACCUUUUAGAAUAUCCAACAAAAAUUACCACCCACCAAAAUAACUUUGAAAAUUUUGGUGCUGAUUUUCACUUAUGGGAUGAAUUUCCUCCAUUAUCAUGUGAAGAUGCAUGGGAACCUCUUAAACAACUUCAUCCUCUUCCUUACAUUAGUGACAACUCUAAGCUUAUUAGUUUCGACGACGACGACACCGAUGAUUUUUUACUUGCCAAAGCUUCUUUUAACGAUCAAUCCUUAAGCAUGGUAGUGGCCGAAGGUUUUAACAUGCCAAAACAAGGUAAAAGAUCAAUGGAGGAGAAAAAUAUUGUUAAUUAUGGUGAUAAUGAAAAAAAUGAGGGUAUUAUUAGGAGAAUUAAGGGAAAUAACUCUAAUAAGGUUAUGAAGAUUGAUGCAAUUAAUUAUGAAGAAAUUAGGAAGUAUUUUGAUAUGCCAAUUUCUAAGGCAGCAAAAGAGUUGAACGUAGGGCUUACAGUUUUGAAGAAAAGGUGUAGGGAGUUAAAUAUUAAGAGGUGGCCUCAUAGGAAGAUUAAGAGCUUGGAAGCACUUAUUUGCAAUGUUAAGGAACAAGGCAUGAUUGAAAUGGUGAAGGUCUUGGAAGAUUACAAGAAGAAGCUACAUUCUAUGCCAUGGUUGGAAUUAUCCGAUGAAACAAAGAAACUUAGACAAGCAUGCUUUAAGGCCAACUACAAGAAAAAGAGGGCUUUGGCCUUAACCCAUUUAUGA